GGGCGGGGCCUCUACGCUGAGCUUCCUCCCUCUGCAGCUUCCGCGGGUGCAGUCCGAGCAGCUGGAGUUUCAGUCGGACCCCGAGAGUCGCAGUGAUGGACGGGGCCGAAGGCACUGCAGGGCAGCCUGGCCCGGCGGAGCGCUCCCACCGAAGCAGCGUAUCCUCCGUGGGCGCCCGAGCAGCUGAUGUGCUGGUGUACCUGGCUGAUGACACAGUAGUGCCCCUGGCUGUGGAGAACCUGUCUGCGCUCAGUGCCCACGAGCUGCACCGAGCAAUCCGCGAAGUCCUGCAGCUCCCAGACAUUGCUUUGGACGUCUUUGCACUCUGGCUUGUCUCCCCUCUACUGGAGGUACAGCUGAAACCUAAACACCAACCUUACAAGCUGGGCCGCCAGUGGCCGGAGCUACUGCUGCGCUUCACCAACGCCCCGGACGAUGACGUGGCCAUGGAUGAGCCUUCCCUGCAGUUCCGAAGGAAUGUGUUCUUCCCAAAGCACCAGGAACUCCAGAUCCAUGACGAGGAGGUCUUGCGGCUGCUCUAUGAGGAAGCCAAGGGCAACGUGCUAACCGCUCGGUACCCUUGUGACUUGGAGGACUGUGAGGUGCUGGGUGCCCUAGUGUGCCGAGUACAGCUUGGGCCCUACCAGCCUGGUCAGCCUGCUGCCUGUACUCUGAGGGAGAAGCUGGACUCCUUCCUCCCUGCCCACCUCUGCAAGCGAGGCCAUGGCCUCUUUGCUGCCUUCCGGGGCCGUGGGGCCAAGACUGGGCCUGGAGAGCAGGGUCUGCUGAAUGCCUACCGCCAGGUGAAGGAAACAUCAGUCAGUGGCAGUGAGCGUGAGGCCACCUUGGGCUCCCACUACCGUGCCUACCUCCUCAAGUGCCAUGAGCUACCCUUCUAUGGGUGUGCCUUCUUCCAUGGUGAGGUGGACAAGCCAGCCCAGGGCUUUCUGCAUCGGGGUGGGCGCAAAGCAGUGACGGUGGCCAUCAGUCUGGAGGGCGUGCAUGUCAUUGACUGCAGGGAGAAGCAUGUCCUGCUGGGCCUGCAUUUCCAGGAGCUGUCAUGGGACCACACUUCCCCCGAGGAGGAGGAGCCCAUCCUGUGGUUGGAGUUUGAUGGUGACAGUGAGGGCACUCCAGUAAAUAAGCUGCUCAGGAUCUACUCCAAGCAGGCUGAGCUGAUGAGUGGCCUCAUUGAGUACUGCAUCGAGCUGAACCAGGCCACCGAGCCUGCUGCUCCCCAGGAGAGCGCAUCUGGCCUCCACUCAGCCCCCAGCCCCUCUCCACCUCCCACUCAGCGCCCCAAGUUGCGGAGGCAGGGCAGCGUGGUGUGCAGCCGGAUCCAGCAUCUCUCUACCAUCGAUUACGUGGAAGACGGUAAGGUGAUCAAGCGGGUGAAGCCGAAGCGCACCACGUCCUUCUUCAGCCGGCAGCUCUCCACUGGCCAGGGAAGCUACACCGUGGUGCAGCCCACCGACAGCCUGGAGCAGGCCUGAAGAAGGCAAGCCAGGCAGAAGAAGACACCUGGGGGCCCUGGACCUGGGCAGGGCGCCGUACAGGGUCCACAGGUGCUUCAGGCCACAGAAAAGUGACGCCUCAACCUGCCAAGCGGCCUGGACUGGGCAGAGCUGGUCUUCUGUUACCCGUCUUCUCUUCCCUGGACUCUGGGCCCAGCAGCUGACUGAUACCUCAGCUGCUCCUGCUGCCUGCACAGGCAUCCCUUCCUGCCCAUCUAGAAGUGAGCCGCAUCCUCCACUCUGAAGGGACUGCUGGCAGCUCGGAUGGCCAUGGCUGAGCAUCAGUGCUCAGGACCUGCCAGCUCACUGUCUGCCCUGGGCCUUCUCUGGGACCUUAAUGACUGUGUCUCGCAUUCCUUCUGCUGGCAUUCCACCCACACUAUCAGAACAGGCUGCCCCCAGCCCUCAGGGGCUGUUACGACUGACUGGAAGGAGCCAGGGAGGGGGCCUUCACCCAGAUCCUCCUGCAGGCUGAGAUGCUGAGCAGAGAAGGAAGGUUCCUUUUGUUCAUGUCCCUGUGCCAAAAGGUGACUGUCCUAAGACCAGCUGGCCCAGCAGAUCCAUAGUUCACACUGGAAAAACCCUCCUGAACAGCCUCUUAUUGCCUCGUUGAGUCCAAAUGGCCCCUGACCCGUCCUGUCUUUGUCCUGUGAUCUGGGCUAGAUUUUCUUCUUGUUGCAUCUGCUUUGGGUGGAAGAAGGCUCAGAGAUUGACUUGUUAGCCUCAGAGCUGCGACACACCCUAGAGCCAGCCCCAGUGACUUAAAUCAUCGCUUCUUUCCUGAAGACAUUGGAAAAGGAGGGUUGGAUAUGAGCGCCUUGCCUGCCUGUCCCAGCUCUGCCCUCUUGGCAGCAGUGACUGCCUUUACAUAGGAGCUGGGCCUGGGCGGGGUGCUUUCCAGGCCCUUAGGUCCUUCCAUUGGCAGGUCCAGGGCUCUCACAGUGCUUUCUGGGACUUCCCAGGGCCUGAGACAGGCUUUGCUUUGUUUUCCCUUCUCAAUGGAAAACCAUUCCACUUGGAAUGUCAGAGCUGUUUACCCGACCUUGUGAGCUCCCAGGUGAUUUAGAGUGCGCUUACCCCACAGCAGGGACUGUGCUAGUAAAGAAGCAGAAAGAAAAGGCUGGGAGCUGUCCCGUCAUUGGAAUGCCUGCUUGUGAGAUGAUGUCAGCCUCCUGGAGUCACUUGACUUAUCUGAGCUGCCAGCCCACUUUCCUGGUGCCAGGCUGGUCAUCUUGACUGCUGUCGAUGCCAGGUGUGCCACGUGUUUGUGUGUGUGUACACAAACUGCAUUUCCACUUCAGUCUGUUGUAUCUUUUAAGCGCCACUUGUGCCUUAACCUCUCUGCCUACCCUUUGGGACAACGCACUGUUUUACUAAAUGUCUUUGAGUAUCUUUCUUCUGAAUCAUGUGACUUAUUAAUAAAAUCAGUGCCUACCAAA